GCAGACAUCAACCUGCCUGAAGGAACCGAAGUCACAAACAUUACGUGCCGUGGACUUUUGGCACCUCUAAUGGGGACAUAAUCAUCGAGAUCAUGAUCAUAAAAUACAUCUUUUUCGUCUGUUUUUUGCUCUGUCACAUUUCUGGAGUUGACAACAAAGACUUCCACAAUGAGUUCACAUCAGAACUUUCCAAGUACUCCAUUGUACAUCCUCAGGUGAUUGAAAGAGGGAAAAGAAGCAUUGACAGCCUGCCACAGUCAAAACAGAAAGAUGGAGAGGAAACAAUAUCAUAUUCACUCAACAUAAACAACAGGCAUCACCUGCUUCGUCUAACGCCAAACAGAGAUUUUUUACAUCCUAACUUAAUUAACUCAACACUAAGAAGACAUGUGCACUGCUAUUACCAUGGAGUGGUGGAGGGAUAUGAAAAUUCAAUGGUUGCCCUCAGCACUUGCUCCGGCCUCAGGGGUGUUAUCAUGCUUGAAAAUGAGACCUAUGGACUUGAGCCUUUACCACAGUCGGCGACCAAUGAUCAUAUUCUGUACCUACUGAAGGAUGUCCAGUCUGAGCCUGUCACUUGUGGAGUCCUCGGCGAGGCAGAGUCGAUACAAAACCAUGAAGCCUUUGACCCCGAUCAUUCGCUGACUUCACUGCUGCGGAGGAGGCGCAGUUUACCACAAACCAGUUUUGUGGAGUUGGCCUUGAUAGCUGAUAAUCUCAGGUAUAAUAUAUUGGAGAAAAAUGAGACGGCGGUACGAGAAGAGUUGGUGGAAAUGGCUAAUCUGCUGGACUCGUAUUACAAACCACUGAAUAUCCGCGUGGUGCUCGUGGCCCUGGAGAUUUUUAAGGAUAGUAAUCCUUUCAGUGUGGACGGCUCUGCGGGAGAUGUGUUGAGGAACUUUGUUCAGUGGAGAAAAAGUACUCUCAUACCAAAGAUCAAGCACGACAUUGGUCAGCUCAUUGUCGGUCAGCCUAACGCAUAUGAAGGGGGAGUGUUAGGAAUGGCCUUCGUUGGUACCGUCUGUUCCGUGACAACCUCUGGAGGAAUCAACGUGUUCAACAACAGAAACCUGCCUUAUGUUUCCACGGUUGUGGCUCACGAGAUGGGGCAUAACCUGGGCAUGAAUCACGAUGACAGCAGGUGCAGCUGUGAUGGGAAAAGCUGCAUCAUGUCAGCCGGUGCUAGUGGAUCCACCACUUUCAGCAGCUGCAGUGAACAAGACUUUGAGAGCUUGGUCCUUAGGGGAGGAGGCGUGUGUCUGCGAAACGAGCCCUCACCGUCCGAUGUGAUUGGCAUACCUGAAUGUGGCAAUGGGCGGGUGGACAAAGGAGAAGAGUGCGACUGUGGCAAACCAGAGGAAUGCAAGACAAAAUGCUGUGAUCCUGCCACCUGCAGAUUUACAUUCGGGUCUGCUUGUGCUCACGGAGAGUGCUGUGACAAAUGUCAGAUCAAAGUGUCUGGAACGCCGUGCAGAAAGUCUAUCAACACCUGUGAUCUUCCUGAAUACUGUGAUGGCAAGGGAGCGUUCUGUCCCAACGACUUCUACAUCAUGGAUGGCCUGCCUUGUGAAAACAACGUUGCAUACUGCUUUGAAGGCAGAUGCCAGACGUAUGAUUUCCAAUGCAAACAUCUCUUUGCACCAGAUCCAGCAACAAAGGCAGCAGAUGCUUGUUUUCAACACGCAAAUAUUCAGGGAAACUUGUUUGGAAACUGUGGCAUCACCAGCAACGGAAAGCACAUCAAAUGUGCUGUAGAACAUGCCAUGUGUGGAAAGGUGCAGUGCACUAAUGUGGACGUCAACAACCCCCCACCCGGUGCCCAUGUCAGUAUCCAAGUAAUCAAUGGGUCAACUUGUGUGAAUGCAGACUUCAACCUUGGUACGGAUGUGUUGGAUCCUGCCUAUGUUAACCCUGGAAGUCCUUGUGGUGCAGGAAAGACCUGUGUGGAUUUUAAGUGUGUUAAUGCUUCUGCUCUGUUGCCCAACUUGGACUGUAACGCAAAGACCACCUGCAAUGACCGAGGGGCCUGUAAUGACCAAGGACAUUGUCACUGUAAAAAUGGGUGGGCCCCACCCAACUGUGCCACGUCAGGACGAGGUGGCAGCAUAGACAGUGGUCCAGCUCAGAUAGACUACUCCCUGAGGAACGGCCUGUUGAUCUUUUUCCUGUUGGUGGUUCCCAUUCUGGUCCUUGUCAUUCUGGUGCUGCUCUACGUCUUUAGGAGAAGCACCUUUGAUCCUUGCCUGAAAAAAGGCCGCAGGUCAAAUAAUGGAAAAAAUGGAAAUGCUAAUGGACAGCCUAACAGAAAUGUUGAAACAGGUCCUACAACCCAGCCUCCAGUUCAUUCUCCCCCUGUGCCUGGAAAUUCAGUGGAUACCUCACCUCCAAGUGCCAGGUAUGGAGAUCUGGACUAUUGGAAUAUUGAUGAGAGCAUUGUCCCUACGCAUCCAGCAGCACCUCGGCAGGGCCCCGGUGUCCCCAGACCAAUACCAUCCAAUCGCAAUGAAUGAUUCUCUUCUUACACUAAGUUAUGAAUCCAUGAAGUUUACUGUAGGUUAACACUAAAUGAAGAGAGGGUUUUAAAUCAUUAUGUUAAAAAAUUAAAAUAUAUGCUCUCUGUAACUUGUCACUGGCACCUUUUUUAAGAUAUACUGUUGUCACAUGGUGGCAGACGAAGCCGGGAAACGUGUAUUUAUUCACAUGUAUGUGUAUAUAAUUGGAUACUUCUUUAUGUCUCACUGCAAAUAUGUGCAGAUUAAGUAUUUUGUAAAUCUAUUGUUUUGAUUGAUUUCUCCUCCAAAAUUUGUAACAUGUUUGAUUUCCUGUUGAUUGUAAGUAUGAAAUAAAAGUGACGUUGGAUGUUUUAAAGUUUA